GGUGGCGAUCCACGAAGCCCUGCUUACUUCCGGGUUCAGGACGACGAGCCCAGACGAAGCUGAUUUCUUCUUUGUUCCCGUUUACGUCUCCUGCAACUUCUCUACCGUUAACGGGUUCCCUUCUUUGGCCCACGCUCGCCCUUUAAUCGCCUCUUCGAUUGCUGAAAUCAAAACCAAGUAUCCGUUUUGGAACCGGACCAACGGCCGAGACCACAUGUUUGUGGCCUCCCAUGAUUACGGCGCUUGCUUUCAUGCAAUGGAGGACGUGGCUAUCGCCGACGGAAUUCCUGAGUUUUUGCGGCGAUCGAUUCUGCUGCAGACGUUCGGGGUGACCUCGCCGCACGUGUGCCAGGAAGCGGAGCACGUGCUGAUACCGCCGUACAUACCGCCGGGGAUUCUCCGAUCUCCGCCUCCGGAGACGGCGAGGAGGGACAUUUUCGUCUUUUUCCGGGGGAAGAUGGAGGUUCAUCCCAAAAACAUCAGCGGACGUUUCUGCAGCAAGUAAUUAAAGAGUCGAUCCUUAAUUAAUGAACUAGUCCAUGUAAAUUUUCAUAAAAGCCCUUCCUAAUUUAAGCAGGGCUUCGUGGCUCGUCGUACCUGUGUAUCUUCCCAAAUUACU